GUAGUAUUUAGUGCGCGCUCUAUUCAAAAGCCCAUCUUACCUCUUCUUCGCGACACCGCGACAGCAUCAUCACCACCACCACUGUUCAGAGGAACCAUUCUGCAGAACGCGCGUUGAGUUGAUACAGCAAUCGGAACUUCGAAGCUGGUUGUACCCCGCCACCACGUCCGAACAUCGUGCCGUCUGAACACACCAGAAACCCCCGCCGCGGACUCUGAGCGCACGAGGGAAGACAAUCGUUGCGCCGCCACCCAGUCUAUUCAUUCAUCGUCGUGCUCGUCCGUCUCCAAUCGCAAUCACCGGAAAUCUCUUCUUGCCAUCGCACACAGCGAUACGGAUCCGACGGGGUCACGAUGGCUGCGCAUCGUCGCGGUGUGGAUGUCGAGGGGCAGGGAAUCGGCCAUGCGCUGAAGGGCCAAGACCGUCUGGGGCAGAACCUGAAAGUAGAGGAGGAGAAGCCGCAGAAGCUGGUGUUGUCGAACAGGGCCGGGGAGAGCAGGAGUCCGUACGUUCGGGCACACUCUGCUAAUCCCGUCGCAUGGCAGAUCUGGGGCGACGAGGCCAUUGCGCUGGCCAAGAGGGAGAACAGGCUCUUGUUUGUGAGCAUUGGCUAUAGUGCUUGUCAUUGGUGCCAUGUCAUGGAGCGCGAGUCCUUCGAGAACGAAGAAGUGGCUGCCAUUCUCAACGACUCCUUCAUCCCGGUCAAGGUCGAUCGUGAGGAACGCCCCGACAUCGAUCGUAUCUACAUGAAUUUCGUCCAGGCCACCACAGGAUCGGGCGGCUGGCCCCUCAACGUCUUUGUCACGCCUGAUCUCGAACCCGUCUUUGGGGGGACCUACUGGCCAGGGCCGAAUAGCAACACAACCCCGUAUGAGGACCAGGUCGACUUUCUUGGGAUAUUAAAUAAGCUGAGCACCGUAUGGAGGGAGCAGGAAGACCGCUGUCGUCAAGACUCGGCACAGAUUCUCAAACAACUCAAAGACUUCGCCGCUGAGGGCACAUUCGGUGACCGGCUAGGGGAGGGUGGGGAAGGGCUUGAAAUCGAAUUGCUGGAGGAAGCGCAUCACCAUUUUGCCUCGACCUUCGAUAAAGUCAAUGGCGGUUUUGGAUCGGCUCCGAAAUUCCCCACUCCCUCCAAACUGUCCUUCCUUCUUCGCCUGGGUCAAUAUCCCCAGGUUGUCCAGGACAUUGUCGGCGAGUCGGAGUGCCAGGUCGCUGAGAACAUGGCCAUCUCAACCCUGCGGAAGAUGGCUCGCGGUGGGAUCCGUGACCACAUUGGAAAUGGAUUCGCUAGAUAUUCCGUCACUGCGGAUUGGUCUCUGCCCCAUUUUGAGAAGAUGCUGUACGAUAACGCACAGCUCCUCCACAUAUACCUGGAUGCCUUCCUCCUCUCCCGCGAUGCCGAAUUCCUCGGCGUUGUCUAUGAUAUCGGAGAGUACCUGACAACCACGCUUGCUCAUGACGCCGGGGGCUUCUACUCUAGUGAAGACGCGGACAGUUUUUAUAAGAAAGGCGACGCUGAGAAGCGCGAGGGUGCAUUCUACGUAUGGACCAAGAGGGAGCUGGAGAAUGUUCUCGGCCCACAAUCGGAACCUAUCCUAUCUGCCUUCUACAAUGUCAGCAGCCACGGAAACGUGGCGCCAGAGAACGAUGCCCAUGACGAGUUUAUCGAUCAGAAUGUAUUGGCCAUUGUCAGUAAUCCAAGUUCUUUAUCGAGCACAUUUGGGGUCAAGGAAGAGGAGGUGGUGAGGAUCAUCAAGGAAGGAAAAGCCGCUCUGAGGGCACACAGGGAGAAGGAAAGGGUGAGGCCCGCUCUAGACGAUAAGAUUGUCGUCAGUUGGAAUGGGAUCGCCAUAGGAGCGCUGGCUCGGACUGCGGCCGUCAUAAAAGGAUUUGACCCGGAGAAGUCGAGUCGCUUCCUCGCUGCUGCUGUCAAGGCGGCUAGCUUCAUCAGAGACGAGCUCUACGACAAGGAGACGAAGAUUCUGUACAGGGUGUGGCGCGAGGGGCGGGGAGAGACACAGGGCUUUGCUGAUGACUAUGCUUUCCUCAUCGACGGACUUAUUGACCUUUACGAAUCUACAUUUGACGAGUCGUGGCUUCGCUGGGCAGACGACCUUCAACAAUCUCAAAUCAACCUCUUCUACGACACCCACGGCACGGGCGGCUUCUUCUCCACGGCCUCCUCCGCCCCGCACAUCAUCCUCCGACUCAAAGACGGCAUGGACACCAGCGAACCCUCCACCAACGGCAUCUCCGCCUCCAACCUUUACCGCCUCUCCAGCCUCCUCAACUCUCCGGCCUACGCCCUCAAAGCCAAGGAAACAACCACCAGCUUCGAAUCCGAAAUCAUCCAGUACCCCUGGCUGUUCGCCUCCUUCAUGCCUAGUAUCGUAGCUGCUCACCUUGGCAUCAAGAGUAUUGUGGUGAGUGGGAAUGGGAGGGGAGAGGCGAAGAUCCGCGCGUUUGCGAAGCAGCCGCGCGGUGCGCUGGGGACGUUUGCGAGGCUCGAGGGCGGCGGGACGACGGCGUCGUGGUUGCGGGAGAGGAAUUCUCUGCUUACAGAUUUUGGGAGAGAUGGCAGGACCAGGAUACUGGUGUGCGAGAAUGGUACGUGUAGGGAGGAAGAUCCGGGGGAGGUUGAGGAAGAAGAGGGGGGGGAAGGUGGUGCUGCUGCUGCUGUUGCUGCUGUUCUGCAAGAGACCAAUACCAAGAGCGAAGCUGUGGCUGUAGUAGCUAAGGCUGAGUCUGGGGAAAAGGAGGAACAACGGCCCGUGAGGGAAGGGGGUGAUGCUAAACUUCAACCUUAG